AUGGCUCAUGGUAUGGAAGAUGGUAUGGCUCAUGGUAUAGAAGAUGGCAUGGCCCAUGGUAUAGAAGAUGGCAUGGCCCAUGGUAUAGAAGAUGGCAUGGCCCAUGGUAUAGAAGAUGGUAUGAAUCAUGGUGUAGAAGAUGGCAUGGCCCAUGGUAUAGAAGAUGGUAUGGUUCCUGGUAUAGAAGGUGGUAUGGUUCAUGGUAUAGAAGAUGGUAUGGUUCAUGGUAUAGAAGGUUGUAUGAAUCAUGGUAUAGAAGAUGGCAUGGCCCAUGGUAUAGAAGAUGCUAUGGGUCAUGGUAUAGAAGAUGGUUUGAAUGAUGGUAUAGAAGAUGGUUUGAAUGAUGGUAUAGAAGAUGGUAUGAAUCAUGGUAUAGAAGAUGGUAUGGCUCAUGGUACAGAAGAUGGUAUGAAUCAUGGUAUAGAAGAUGGUAAAGAAGAUGGUAUGGCACAUGGUAUAGAAGAUGGUAUGGCUCAUGGUAUAGAAGAUGGUAUGGCUCAUGGUAUAGAAGAUGGCAUGGCCCAUGGUAUAGAAGAUGGUAUGAAUCAUGGUGUAGAAGAUGGCAUGGCCCAUGGUAUAGAAGAUGGUAUGGCGCAUGGUACAGAAGAUGGUAUGGCGCAUGGUAUAGAAGGUGGUAUGGUCCAUGGUGUAGAAGAUGGUAUGGUUCAUGGUGUAGAAGAUGGUAUGGUGCAUGGUAUAGAAGAUGGUAUGGCUCAUGGUACAGAAGAUGGUAUGGCUCAUGGUACAAAGGAUGGUAUGGCUCAUGGUACAGAAGAUGGUAUGGCUCAUGGUACAGAAGAUGGUAUGGCUCAUGGUACAGAAGAUGGUAUGGCUCAUGGUAUAGAAGAUGGUAUGGCUCAUGGUACAGAAGAUGGUAUGGCUCAUGGUAUAGAAGAUGGUAUGGAUCAUGGUAUAGAAGAUGGUAUGAAUCAUGGUGUAGAAGAUGGCAUGGCCCAUGGUAGAGAAGAUGGUAUGGUUCAUGGUAUAGAAGAUGGUAUGGCUCAUGGUACAGAAGAUGGUAUGGCUCAUGGUGUAGAAGAUGGUAUGGGGCAUGGUAUAGAAGAUGGUAUGGCUCAUGGUACAGAAGAUGGUAUGGCGCAUGGUAUUGAAGAUGGUAUGGCGCAUGGUGUAGAAGAUGGUAUAGAAGAUGGUAUGGCUCUUGGUAUUGAUGAUGGUAUGGUUCAUGGUGUAGAAGAUGGCAUGGCCCAUGGUAUAGAAGAUAGUAUGGCUCAUGGUAUAGAAGAUGGUAUGAAUCAUGGAUAA